AUGGCAUGCUUGAGAGACAACUUUCAGAAUGGCGUGUUGCUCGAUGGUCGUUACAAGACCAUCUCUCCCCUCAACCAUGGCUCCUUUGGCAUGGUCUUCAUGGCCAAGGACAUGAAAACCAACGAGACCGUCGCCAUCAAGUGCUUGACUAAGAAGGAAGCCGCUGAUGACUUCGACUUUGACUUCGCCAUCGAUGAGAAGUCUGAGGAGCUUGCUCUACACAGCCGCCUCGGAUCGCACCCCAACAUUGUCAACCUUCUUCACACCUUUGAGACCGAGGCCCAUCUCUACCUCGUUCUCGAGUUCUGUCCCCAGGGCGACCUGUAUGAGGCCAUCCGCAAUGGCCAUGGACCCCUCGAGACCGAGCAUGUUCGUCGGUUUAUGCUCCAGCUUGUUGAUGCCGUCGAUUACAUCCACUCCAAGGGUAUCUUCCACCGAGACAUCAAACCUGAGAACAUCUUUCUCACCAAGUCUGGUGACAUGAAGCUGGGAGACUUUGGUCUUGCGACGACUGAGAACUGGACUUUGGAGAACACCGUCGGCAGCGACCGCUACAUGUCCCCCGAGCAGUACGAUUCGGCUGGAGCCGGCUACUCCCCUGCUCAGGCCGACAUCUGGGCCAUCGGCAUCUGCCUCCUCAACAUUCUCUUCUCACGAAACCCCUUCACCACCCCGACUGAGGCGGACCCGCUCUUCCUGGACUUCUCUAGGGACAAGCAGUCUCUGUUUGACGUCUUCCCUUCCAUGUCACUGGACACCUACGAGGUUAUUGCUCAGUGCAUGAGCUUGGAUCCCAAGAAGAGGUCUCUUGUUGGUGCUCGUGCUGCCCUUCAGCGUGUCGUUAGCUUCACCACCACUGAGGAGGAGGAUGACGAGUUCUGUUGCGCCGAUCGUCAUGUCAUGGCCAGUGCCAACCGGGAGCCUCUCCGCACACCCUCCAUCCAGAGCCCCCAGGUCGACCAUGGUGCUUUCCCUUGGGCCAAGGCGCUGCACACCACCCCUCCAAAGUCCAUUCGCCAGCUCAGUGCUAUCGCCGACGAUGAUAGCUACACUGAGGAUUUGUUCUCCAAGUCGGGAGAGACCCCGGAUUGGUUCAGCUCUGCUCAGACACCGUCCGUCUCUUCGACGCUCAACUCUAGCCUCGGGGCCUCCAUGAAGUCGCUCCACAUUGGUCUGCCCAUGAAAGCGGUGCCUCGUCCCAUCCCCAAGGUUUCGCCAAUGGCCGGAUCUCUUCCCAUCAACAUGAACAAGCCUCGCAGCAACCUGUCCUCUAUGUCCUUGGUCUUUGGCCGUAAAGAUGUCGUCUCCAAGAGCUGGAGUGACAUGUGGGACGAGGAUGAAGAGGAAGAGGAAGCGGAGCGCGAGAGGCAGAUGCAGUCUUUGAAGGACCUAAACUCAAGGACUUGGAGCCACGACAGCAAGCUGGAUGACCAGGAUGGCUGUGACACGGUCGACGCUACCCCCCUUGCGACUACUCCUCAGCAUUCUCUCCACGACGGCGCUAAGCUGAUCCACAACGACAUCGACAGCGACCACGCUUCUGAUGGAUUCUUCUUUCAACAUUCGUCUCCACCGAAGCCCAAGCCAAUGCUGACCACUCGUCAGUCGCCCCCCAAGCGGGACAACCUUGACAAGUGGUCUGCCUUGGGUCAGCGGCGUCGUGGGCUUACAGGCUCAUCGGAGUUUCCUCGGCAACAACGAACAAUUGGAAUAGGAUACAAUUCUCAUGCAGCGGGAGUUUGGGAAUACACUGGACACUACAACAGUCACAUCAGUCACAACAAAUCACCUAAGGAAAAGGUGAAGGAUUGCCCCUGGAAUAAGGGCAGAGAUUGGAACUACUGGCGCAGGGAGAAGCGCAAUGAUCUCGCAGAUGUCGAGUGGGUUGGUGGCUGGCAGGAAGCGCAUUCCUAG